AUGAGACUCGUUUUGAGCUGCCUAGGCGUGCUCAUGCAGCUCGCCAUCCCAAUCUUGGGCAAGUCGUGCAGUAUACCGACCGCGAAGACGAUAAAUGGUACUUACCAAGGCCGUAGAUUAGACGGUUGGAACCAGGAUGUCUUCCUCGGCAUUCCCUACUCGCAGCCUCCCGUCGGGCCAUUGCGGUAUCGUUGGCCUCAGAGCAUCAAUGAGUCUUUCACGGGUGUGCGCAAUGCGACGGAGUAUGGAUACAACUGCCGCGAGUACAAGUCCGCAGUCCUCCAGGCCCAUGCCUCAGAGGACUGCUUGACACUCAACGUGGUGCGGCCGUCGGGAAGUCAUGACCAUCUGCCCGUGCUGGUCUGGAUCUAUGGCGGAGGGCUCUAUACGGGCUCUACGGCGGAUCCCCAGUACAAUCUCUCGGGCAUCGUCAAGGUCAGCCAAGACAUGGGCCAGCCCAUCAUCGCUGUCGACAUGAACUACCGCAUGAAUCAGUAUGGCUUUUUGCAGACACCCCAAAUCCUAGCAGAGGGUUCGUCGAACGCUGGCCUGCUCGACCAAAGACUAGCUCUGCGGUGGAUCCAGGAGAACAUUGCUGGCUUUGGAGGUAAUCCAAGGAGAGUGGUGGUCUGGGGUGAGAGUGCUGGUGCCCAAAGCAUUGCCUAUCACCUCUUCAGUUACAAUGGUCGCGAUGACGGUCUUUUCCGUGGAGCUAUCAUGGAGAGCGGUGGCCCCACGGGAGCACAGGUGCAAGAUCUCUCAUACUACACCUCUCCUGUCGAGAACCUGACACGGACUGUUGGCUGUGUGGAUGCCAAAGACCAGCUUGCUUGCCUCCGGGGAGUGAACGAGAACAAGCUCUACGGUGCUAGUCCACAGACUGUCUGGAACCCUCUGAUUGACGGCGAUUUUCUGACGGGCUACCCGAGCCAACUCAUUCGCGAAGGCAAAUACAACCGCGUACCUCUCCUGACUGGGGCGAACACCGACGAGGGCUUCGCCAUCUCGGGCAAGCCUGACACGGACCACGACAUGAUCCACAACGCCAUGUUGUGGAGGAUGUACGCGCUCUCCCCGCCCACUAUUCGCAGGCUCCUGGAGCUGUACCCCGACGACAACUGCAACGCGCCGCCGUUCUGGCUCACAAACUGCACUUUCUGGCCCGACAAGGGCAGGAUGUGGCGGCGCGCGGCCAACAUUGGGGGCGACGCAGUCAUGAUAUCGGGCCGGAGAAAGAUGUGCGAGCUGUACACCGAGGCCGGGCAAGACGUCUACAGCUACCGGUUCGACACGCUUCUCUACAACAGCAACCCGCUCGAGGGGGUCAAGCACUUCUCGAAUGUGGCCUUCAGCUUCCAGAACAUCACGGGUCUCCUCGGGCCGAGCCCGGAGUACGAUAAGCACCUGAAACUGGCCAGGUCAAUUGGCAUGGCAUACGUCAACUUUGUGUACAAUUUGGAUCCGAACCCAUCGUCGAGCGGUACUGCUGCCAAGCUGGGCGCGCUGGAGCUGCCGCGCUGGCCCAAAUACAACUUGGCAAGUCCAGCAAACAUGGUGCUCAACGCGUCAGGCCCGUUUGUGGAACCGGAUACGUUUAGAAAGGAGGGCAUCGCGUUCUUGAAUAGUCAUGAGGUGGCGAGAGAGCUGCUGUCUUGA